AUGGUCAGCCCGUAUCACCGUGCGACAGUACCUUGCUAUUUCCAAGGAAUAUUAGAACGAUUCGAGGUAUGGCAGAACGUGCACCUGCUCGAUAUGAGCAGCGUGGGAAACAGCACGCGCGCCGCGAGACUUCACUUUCACAUUCAAUCAUGGUACGACCAAGUGGAAGACUUCGAUUCCGCGGAAUUCGGGUACAUAACGUACACCGCGCGAAGUAACCUGUCUUACGUCUCGUUUGCCUCGGCAACAAUUAGCCAAGUCGGUUGCGGCCGUGCAAUUUACACAGCAGGGCCAGGCGAGUCGACUCGUCGAGGAGAGUUCGGAAUGGCCGGGCGCACAACACCCCCAGGAAUCGGGGAUCGAGUGGAGGCCCUCGUGUGCAAUUACGGCCCUCUCGAUCGAAAGACACCGGGGGAGCUCUACGAAGACGGCGCGCCGGCUCUUUGUCCACGGGGGACGGUCCGUAGUUCACGAUACAGAGCCCUCUGUCAAAAGUUUCAGAAAUGGAUGUCGCGCAAGGUAAACCGGAGAACCGAACGGAACCAAAAGGAAAAAGCCGAGCGGACGGUAACCAGCGGCACAUUCCCAAUUAAACGUGCAGUUUAUCUUGUUCAGCCAGUGUUAUUAUUACUGGCACGCCUGUCGACGUGA